UUAUACAUUCCAGUCUAUCGAUAGAUACAGAUACAAACCAAAAUUUUCAUUCUUUCUUAGUCGCACUUAUCGCUCGCCGAUCACCGUUUGCCAUCUCCGCCGGCAUCCUAAUUUAGAUCUCUUCCGAUCAGAUUAUUUAUGAAAGCUCAGCAAUAACGUGAUAUAUUGUAAUAUAUCUGCAAGGGAUGGGGACUGAAAACCCUAACCGUGUAAAUACUUAUCAACGGCCAAAUGCGAAUCCUUUUGCUCCUCCUCAAAGUAGCAUGCCCAUUUCUUCAUCUCCUCCCGUGGUUGGAUCAGAGGCUUCUGCUUUUAGACCAACACCAGUCCCUGCUACUAUGAGUACAGUGCCUGGCACGUCAAAUACGACUCCAUUUUCUUCUUCAGGGCCUGCGGUUGGAUACGGGACUCCUGGUUUUAGACCUAUGCAACCAGGCAGGCCUACUCCUUCAUUUGGUCCUCCAACUACAGGACCUAUCCAGCGUUUCCUGACUCCGCAGUUUCCCUCAACAUCUCAACCACCCUUGCCUCAGACUUCCAAUGCGGGGCCGUCCAUAUUGCCUCCGACAAUGAGACCUCCUCCUCCCAGUCAUGUUCCAUCCAUGUCGACAUCCCUAAAUCGUCAGCCACAGAUGCCACCACCAAUGGGAUCUCCACCUCAAAACCUGUACAGUGCUUCUUCUAAUAGUUUUCCUCCGAGAUCUUUUGUAGACUCACCUUUUACUGCUUCCAGGCCGAACAUGCAGCAACCGCCACUCUCAACGGGACCUCCUUAUCCAUCUACUUUACCUGGUUAUCAAGGUAUGCAGAGUAGCCCAGUAAGCCCACCACCACCGCCACCGCCACUUUCUUAUCAAGGAGGUUAUGUUCCAUCUCAGCCUACCAUAUCUGCCCCUUUUUCUUCUCAUCAAGGUGCUUAUAGACAAGCGCCACCAGUUGCAUCUUCACCAGGAAUGUAUUCAGCGCCUGCAAUGGGACCUACGUCAGGUUUGGCAGAAGACUUCAGCUCUCUUUCUCUUGGACCUGCUCCUGGAUCUUUUGAUUCUGGGGUUGAUGCUAAAGUGUUGCCAAGACCAUUGGAUGGCGAUAUAGAACCAAGCUCUUUCGCUAUGACGUAUCCCAUGAAUUGUGAUUCUAGAUAUUUACGACUUACGACUAGUGCUAUACCAAAUUCGCAGUCUCUGAUUUCGAGGUGGCAGUUGCCUCUUGGAGCAGUUGUCUGUCCCCUAGCCGAAACUCCCAAGGGGGAGGAAGUUCCUGUAGUUAAUUUUGCGACAACGGGCAUAGUUCGUUGUAGAAGAUGCCGUACAUAUGUUAACCCAUAUGUGACUUUUACAGAUAGCGGAAGAAAGUGGAAGUGCAAUAUAUGUGCGUUGCUUAAUGACGUUCAAGGUGAUUAUUACGCUCAGUUGGAUGCCACGGGAAAAAGAGUUGAUCUAGAUCAACAUCCUGAGCUUACAAAGGGUUCUGUUGAAUUUGUUGCUCCAGCAGAAUAUAUGGUUCGGCCUCCGAUGCCACCAGUAUACUUUUUUUUGAUUGAUGUAUCAAUAUCUGCAGUCAAAAGUGGAAUGCUUGAGGUGGUGGCACAAACUAUAAAAUCUUGUUUAGAUAGAUUGCCAGGCAGUCCCAGAACGCAGAUUGGAUUCAUUACUUUUGAUAGUACAAUUCAUUUUUACAAUAUGAAGUCCUCUUUGACACAGCCUCAGAUGAUGGUCGUAUCAGAUUUGGAUGAUAUUUUUGUUCCAUUGCCAGAUGAUCUGCUUGUCAACUUGUCAGAAUCUAGAGCUGUGGUAGAGGCGUUCCUGGAUAGCUUGCCUUCUUUGUUUCAGGACAAUUUUAAUGUGGAGUCUGCGUUUGGGCCGGCUCUUAAAGCAGCGUAUAUGGUUAUGAGCCAACUUGGAGGGAAAUUGCUAAUUUUCCAGAGUACUCUGCCCUCACUUGGUGUUGGUCGUUUAAAGUUGCGCGGAGAUGAUCUUCGUGUUUAUGGGACAGAUAAGGAGUAUACUUUAAGAAUACCAGAGGACUCAUUCUAUAAACAGAUGGCUGCGGAUUUCACCAAAUUUCAGAUUGCAGUAAAUGUGUAUGCAUUCAGUGACAAGUAUACUGAUGUAGCUUCACUAGGUACUUUGGCAAAAUACACUGGUGGCCAAGUGUAUUAUUAUCCAAGCUUUCAUUCUGUCAUCCACAAAGACAAAUUGAGAUAUGAGUUAUCUAGAGAUCUCACUAGAGAAACUGCCUGGGAAGCCGUAAUGCGUAUCAGAUGUGGAAAAGGGGUCCGUUUCACUUCAUAUCAUGGGAACUUUAUGCUAAGAUCUACAGAUCUGAUAGCACUUCCAGCUGUUGACUGCGACAAAGCUUAUGCAAUGCAGUUUGCUCUUGAAGAUACGUUGCUUACAACUCAGAUUGUAUACUUCCAAGUGGCUUUACUAUACACAGCAUCUUGUGGUGAAAGACGUAUUAGAGUUCACACUGCUGCAGCAUCAGUGGUUACAGAUUUAGGAGAAAUGUAUCGACAGGCAGAUACUGGUGCCAUUGUUUCUUUGCUUGGUAGAUUAGCUAUUGAAAAAUCGUUGUCAUAUAAAUUGGAGGAUGCUCGUAAUAGUAUUCAAGCAAGAAUCGUCAAAGCUUUAAAAGAAUAUCGGAAACUAUAUGCGGUUCAGAAUCGUGUAGGAAGCAGGAUGAUCUAUCCCGAAUCACUGAAAUAUUUGCCCUUAUAUGGAUUGGCGUUAUGUAAAUCCAUAGCGCUUCGUGGUGGGUUUGCUGACGCACAACUUGAUGAACGAUGCGCAGCGGGGUUUACUAUGAUGGCUUUACCUGUUAAAAAAAUGUUAAAGCUCUUAUAUCCUAGCUUAUUAAGAGUGGAUGAGUAUCUUGUGAAGACACCUACUGUGGAUGACGAAUUUAACAGAGUUUGUAAAAGGCUAUCACUUGCUGCAGAAAGCUUAGAUUCUAGAGGAAUUUACGUAUUUGAUGAUGGUUUUCGUUUUGUUGUAUGGUUUGGCCGCAUGCUUUCUCCGGAUUUAGCCCGGAAUCUAGUUGAGGAAGACUCAUCUACAGACUUCCCAAGGAAUCAGGUUUGUUUGAGUGAACGUGACAAUGAAAUGUCAAGAAAGCUGAAUGGGAUAAUAAGAAAACUUAGGCAAGCUGAUCCAUCAUAUUAUCAAUUAUGCCAUCUUGUGAGACAAGGUGAACAGCCUAGGGAAGGUUUCUUUCUACUUUUAAAUUUAGUUGAGGACCAGGUUGGUAGUAUGAAUGGCUAUGUUGAUUGGAUGCUUCAGAUACAUCGACAAGUACUACAAUAGUGAAGAGUACACACUAAUGCAGGUACUAAGUUUUGUUGGCAAAUGAGGUUUUCCUUAUUCAAGUUACCUGGGGAGGGCGAGUCUUUUUGACUCGGUGUACGCAGCCUAAAAGGAGGGGGGGGGGGGGGGGGGGGGAUCCUGUGGCCAUUUCCAAAAUUUUUCACUAGCCGCCCCCAAAGAUUGUACCUAGCAGACGAGACCUCAUGUCAUAUUGGGAUGUCACUAUGCCACUUUGGAGGUGGUUACACUAUUUAUGCUAGUUUUUAACAAAGAUGGGAUGAUACAUGAACUUGCUGAUAACUUAAUCGGUUUUCAUACAUUAAUUAAUUUCCGCCUUCAAAUUCUAAACCUUAUUCGUUAAAAUGGCAGGUUCAGAUAUAUAUUUUUUUUUAUGCUGGUUCAGUAUCUGCUGUAGAAGCUUUGUGUUAAUGAUUUUGACAUCUUUUUUGGGAAAGUUGGUAAUUUAUCUGUGUUGAUAAGAUGUAUCUUCGUCGAUUUGCUUGUUUAGUUCUUCAUGGACAACAUUUUAGUUUGUUGAUUUUCUUCCACAAAAUAUGUAUUCAAAAGGAAAGAUUCAGGGCUUUUAAGUAUAAACCCAUUUAUCUUUCCAGAAAACAAAAAUGAAGUAUCUAAACAAACAUCAAAUAGAUUAAAAAGUAGCCAAUUAUACUUCAUUAAAAA